CUUCUUAGGUUUCAUAUGAAGGGCAACUUCACCCUUGCCGCCGUCAGCAAAAACAUUACCAACAGUCUUCACUUCGGACUCGUGAGCAUCGUCGGCAACCAGUCUACCUUUAACUGCUCCCCUAAACCAGCAGAUAAGCAUUUAGACGCAAUCCCUGUUCUCUACUAUAUCAUUUUUGUGGUCGGAUUUCUUGUCAAUACUAUUGUGGUUACGCUGUUUUGUUGUCAGAAGGGCCCUAAAAAGGUGUCCAGCAUUUACAUCUUCAACCUGGCGGUGGCUGACUUGCUGCUUUUGGCUACUCUGCCUCUCUGGGCAACCUACUAUUCUUAUAGAUACGACUGGCUCUUUGGUCCCGUGAUGUGCAAAGUUUUCGGUUCCUUCCUGACCCUGAACAUGUUUGCGAGCAUUUUUUUCAUCACCUGCAUGAGUGUCGAUAGGUACCAAUCUGUUAUCUACCCCUUUCUGUCUCAGAGAAGGAACCCCUGGCAAGCGUCCUAUAUAGUCCCCCUGGUGUGGUGUAUGGCCUGUCUGUCCUCAAUGCCGACAUUUUAUUUCCGAGACGUCCGAACCAUUGAGUAUUUGGGAGUGAAUGCUUGCAUUAUGGCUUUCCCACCUGAGAAAUACGCGCAAUGGUCAGCUGGCAUUGCCUUAAUGAAAAAUAUCCUUGGCUUUAUUAUCCCUUUAAUAUUCAUAGCGACGUGCUAUUUCGGCAUCCGAAAGCACUUGCUGAAGACCAAUAGCUACGGGAAGAACAGAAUAACUCGUGACCAAGUCCUAAAGAUGGCGGCUGCCGUCGUUCUGGCGUUCAUCAUUUGUUGGCUUCCCUUCCACGUCCUGACCUUCCUGGACGCUCUGGCCUGGAUGGGUGUCAUUAAUAGCUGUGAAGUUAUAGCAGUCAUUGACCUGGCACUUCCUUUUGCCAUCCUCCUGGGAUUCACCAACAGCUGCAUUAAUCCCUUUUUGUAUUGUUUUGUCGGUAACCGGUUCCAGCAGAAGCUCCGCCGUGUGUUUAGGGUUCCGAUUACUUGGCUCCAAGGCAAGCGGGAGAGUGUGUCGUGCCGAAAAAGCAGUUCCCUUAGAGAGAUGGAGACCUUUGUGUCUUAACUGGGAGAGCGGAACGCACGUUGACAGCAUGGCCACUUGGUUUGAGGUGCCCUUGAAUUGUCUUUUGAAUGGCUCGAGCGAAAGAAUCAAUUUUCCCCUGCAUGGAUUCUUGUCUCACUGUUGCAGAGCAGGAAACCAAAUGUAACCGGGAGGUUCGAUCCAGUGACCUUCAGGAAUUGCCCGUUUCCUUCAGUCUAUCGGUAUGAGGCUGUCCGUGGCAAGACAGAUCUAUAACCUAGAAGGAACUGAGGGUUUAUCUCAAGUUAUAAUUAGUAACAAGUUGUGAAUGGUGAUUUGGGGUGUCAGAUUUCUCCUUGACAAAUGCUGAAGUUUUUUUUUUUUCUUUUUAGAAAAUUAUUAUUGGUUUUUAUCUCCACUUUCAUUAGGCUUCCUUCUUGAACCAAAGCCAGUUUUUUAACUGCUUGCGUUAUUUACCAGCUUGAAACGCAAGCAUCUCUAAGUGAAGUAUAUACUCCAGUAGAUUGGUUCGGAAUUAUUCAGGCUCUAGGCAUAUGCCUUCUACUUUAAAAAAUACUAUAAGUAAUCACCUUUUACAUUUUACUUGAGCAUAGGUUUAUAUUUAAGAUAUAACUACACCUACAUAUUGAGUAGGGCUAGG